AUGAAUGAGAAGGUCUUCCUUCUGCUUUUGGGCUGUGUUACCGGGCUGGUGACCAGUCUACCCGUGCCUCCAUCAAAAGAGGCCAACUCUGACAAUAGAGAUCUUCUCAUCUUGCUGCAGAUCUCUGAUCCAGCUACUUCAUCCUCAUCAGAUAGCAACUUAUCUACACACGAAAAUGAUAUUCUGUUAAAGGUUGGACGCAGUGCCUCAAACUGUAGUACUUGCGUUUGGCCUAAAAAUGCCAAUGGUACAGUCCAUGUUCCCUACAUCCUAUCCGUCAACUACACUCUUGCUGAAAUAAAUACAUUUAUGACUGCCAUGCAAGAGUAUGAGACAUUGACUUGUCUGAGAUUUGUGCCUCGUACAGGAGAAAGGGAUUAUCUCGACAUCAUUUCAUCUGGUUCUAGAUGUCUAUCAUAUCUUGGAAGAAUUGGCGGAGGCCAGCAGCUUUACCUGAUUCCUAAAUGCGUCAUCAGUGGGAUUGUACAGCAUGAACUAAACCAUGCCCUGGGCUUCUCCCAUGAACAGGUGAGGAUGGAUCGCGACAAUUAUGUUGACAUCAAGUACCAGUUUAUCUAUGAAGCAUCCUGGGCCAACUUUGAUAAACAGAACAAUAAAAACAUGGUCCUUGGGUAUGACUAUGGUUCAGUGAUGCAUUAUGAUGCCUAUGCAUUCUCCAACACAUCAAAUCAACCCUCAAUUGUCCCCAAGCCUGAUCACACUGUGCCCAUUGGGCAGAGAGAUGGACUGAGUGUCUUGGAUGUGGCUAAAAUUAACCAAGUUUAUCAAUGCAUUGUCUUUGCUACUUUGCUUGAUAAAGAGAAAGGAGUUUUCACUUCUGCCAACUAUCCCUCUGCUUAUCCUAAUAAUGUUAACUGGGUUUGGUUGAUCAGGACUCCUUCUGGGCAGGCUUCACUUACUUUCAGUGGUUUUAAUCUCCAGUCCAGUCUUGACUGCAACUCUGACUACAUGAGAAUCUAUGACGGUCCCACUAAAAACUCUGUUGUGCUGUGGGAUAAAUUCUGCGGCAAUCAAAUAAUUCCUCAACUCAUCGCUUCCAGCAACCAUAUGCUGGUUGAGUUCGUCAGUGACGGAGCUGUUGCCGGGCUCGGCUUCAACGCUACAUAUAACACAGUUCAGUGUGGAGGAGCAUUCUUUACCUUCGAAAGAAAGUUUACAUCUCCGAACUACCCAAAUUUCUACAGUCCGAACUUGGAUUGUACCUACACCAUCACAGCUCCUGCUGGAUAUAGGAUUGCUCUGAGCAUAACUGACUUCCAUGUAGAGUAUAGCUGGCGCUGUAGGUACGACUACCUACAAGUCAAUGUAGAUGGUAACGUUACUACAUACUGCAGCAAUAUCAUUGAUCCUGAAAUAACCUCCACUGGCACUUCUAUGGUUCUCAAAUUCCAUAGUGACCGUUUGGGGCAGGCGAGGGGAUUCCAGGCCUAUUACACCUUCUUUUGA